ACGGGUUUGAAUGGGGACUGGACGCUUCAAUUUCACCACUAGUUCUAAAUAAUCAUGAUGGAAAUAACGCCGACCCCUCUGCCAACCGAGGCGCCCAUAGCGAUGAGUAGCACUGCACCUGCGCCAAAGAAUGAGACGACUAUGAAAUCAAGCGGUGAUGGCUGGAGACCGACGAAGCGAUUUUUGUUGGCAUUUAUGUCGCUGUUGACGAUCGUGGCAGCCAUCGCAAUUGAAUCGACCAGUUUACCCACUGCACUCCCUAUUAUGAGUGCUGACUUAGGCGGUACCGCUCUACAAGCGUUCUGGUCUGGAACCAGUUUCCUUCUGGCUUCGACUGUAAUCCAGCCUACGGUCGCCUCAAUGUCGCAUAUCCUAGGCCGAAGAAUGAUGCUAUAUUUUAGCAGUGCUGGAUUUGCGGGUGGUUCUCUCAUUGCUGCACUUGCCCAGAACUUCAACAUUGUUCUUAUCGGACGAACUGUCCAGGGAGCAGGAGGUGGAGGACUCAUCGUACUUCUAGAGAUCUUGAUAUCCGAUCUCGUGCCUCUCGCGCAUCGUGGUACUUGGUUCAGCAUAAAUUCUAUGAUGUGGGGUGUGGGUACGGCGACGGGGCCCAUUAUCGGGGCCGGAUUCGCCCAAGACAUCUCAUGGAGAUGGAUUUUCUGGAUCAAUUUACCCAUUGUUGGUCUUGGUAUGCUCUUUGUUACAUUAUUCUUGAAGCAGGCCCAGAUACCGGGAGAUAUCGCCGAGAAACUCAAGAGGUUUGACUGGUCUGGCUCUGUACUAUUUUCCGCUAGUUCAGCAAGUUUCUUAUAUGGAAUCACCUCCGGCGGUGUUAGAUUUCCAUGGUCAUCCUACCAAGCUCUCGUACCACUAGUCGCUGGAUUGGUUGGGAUGUUCUGUUUCGUUUAUUGGGAAUUUUAUUUCGCUACAGCACCCAUAAUCGACAAGCGCAUCUUCAAGACUUGGACUGCUAUAUCCGCAUAUAUCCAGACUAUGCUGCAUGGCCUUAUCUUAUGGGCCGCCAUAUACUUUCUCACCCUAUUUUACCAGGCCGUUAAGCUAUAUUCCCCUGUAACUUCGGCGGUAGCCCUUCUUCCAGAGACAGUAGGUCUAUCGCUUGCGAGCGUUGCGGUAGGUGUCUUAACAGGCAUCACUAAAAGAUACCGCUGGGCUCUGUGGAGUGGAUGGGCCCUCACCACAACCGGCGCUGGCCUUUUAUAUCUUUUAGGUACUCACACCACUGUUACUCAAUGGGUUUUCUUGAAUAUACCGUUUGGAAUUGGGACUGGUAUGCUUUUCACGGCAGAGAUCCUGGCUAUCCAAGCUGCUACCGAGCCCGAGCUCAAUGGCGAAGCCGCCGGCUUUUUCUCUUUCAUCCGCAUCUUCGGUCAAGCCCUUGGUGUCGCAAUUUCAGGAGUGAUAUUCCAAAAUUCACUGAAACAAAAACUUCUCCAAAUUCCCGGUUUCGCGUCCCUUGCUGAUGAAUAUUCGCGCGAUGCGACAGCAAUAGUCGCUCUCAUACAAGGAAUGACCGACGGUAAUACCAAGACGCAGAUGAUCCAAGCAUUUUCGGAUGCGCUUGGUUCUAUCUGGUUAUCGUUGUUGGCGUUCUCAGCUACCGGUUUGUUACUGAGCAUGACGGUGAAGGGUUAUUCGAUGGCCCAGGAGCAUGUCACUUCUCAGCAUUUAGUGCAGGAGAAGGAUGGUGCUGGCAAUGAAGAGGCUGGCAGAACCCAAGCGUAGCGGGCGCUAACGUCUAAUUGCUCUGUGGCAGCCAAGUAAAUACAGCGCUUCAGUACAUAAACCAAGCCCUAUUAGCUUCAGUGCAGUGACGCCAUGUACCUACCUAGGUAACCAUUCGUUUAGCACGUCCCGUCCUCCGGGGGGGAAAGUCCAUAAUGUGACUUCCAACUCCUAACGAUGUUCGCUCAAAUGCAGGCA